GCGGCGCCAGGAGUAUCCUCAAUCACGGGACCGUGCCCGUGAUCACGCAGGCGGAGCGGGUGGAGGCGGUGCUGGCGGCCCGGCCCGACACGGUGGAGAACGUGGAAGCCCCGACCUCCCCCAAACGCGUGGCACGCUCUGCGGACGGAGGCGGCGCGGCCGCCAGCGCCGCGGGGCCGCCUGCCGGCUCGGAGAUCCCCCACGUGCUCCUCCGCAUGACUGGGCGCCCUGACCGCUCCCAGUGGCAGGUCACUCAGCCGGCGGCGCCGCCCCCGCCGCCCGCCAGGGCGACGCUGGGCCCGCGGCGCCCCCGCUGAGGGCCCGCCUUCGCGCGGCGGCGAGCUCGGCCGUAGUAGGGGGCGCCGGCCCGCCCUGCCCGCCCGGCUCGCGGGGGAGCGGGGGGGGGUCUCUUCCUCUUACGUCUCCGCCUCCUACUCCUCCUCCUUCCUGCUCGUCCUCCUCCUCGUCCU